AUGGAGAGCUGCCGGGCGCUGGCGCUGUGCGCCGUGGCGGCCGCGCUGCUGCUCGCUGACGGCGGCUCUGUGGUCUCUCGGUAGAUCGAGGCGCUGCAGGAGGUGCUGGAGAAGCUCAAGAGCAAGAGGGGACCGCACUACGAGAAGAAGUUCGGGCAGGUGCCCAUGUGCGACGCCGGGGAGCAGUGCGCCGUGAGGAAGGGGGCUCGCAUCGGGAAGCUCUGCGACUGCCCCCGGGGGACGUCGUGCAAUUCCUUCCUCCUCAAGUGCCUGUAAGCAGAGGCGUCCCGGGACAAGCCGCCGGGGGUGCAGGCACUGGCGUCUGGCCGCCCCGACGUGCCGGCGACUUCCCGCAGCUCCUCCGCCCGAGAAACGCGGCGAGAAGUCCCCGCGUCGCCCGUGUAACGCCGUCCGUGACAUCCGACAUCCGUGGAGCUGUUUUCUUUCUCUCCCCCGCCCCACCCCGUCCUCUCCCUCCCCUCCUCCCCGGCUUGCUUUUGUCCGUCCAGGAAAAUCCCGGGCCCCGUACUGCCGUGCCCCGGGCUGCUCGGCUCCUUCCUCGGGCGGAACUCAUCCACCCACUGCCGGCUGGAGGAGCCGGGGCCAGGGGACUCCCCGGAGGUGGUUGGGGGUAGCGGGGGCAGGCGGGAUGCGGGUGUGCCCAAAGCACUCUGGCCCCUCUCUCUCGCCU